UGUCUCACUCGUUCAUCCCCAACCAGCUGACAUCCAGCAUCCCAAGACCAGCAAAAACGCAAUUUUUUUUUAAAAAAUAAUAAUUAAAAAAUGGAGAAACCGGCGGCUUAUUUUCUUCUUCUUCUGAUGACGGCGGCGACGGCGCCACUUCUGGUGGAAUCGAGCGACGACACAAACCACGCGUACACGCCGUGCUCGGACACGAAAAUCCAGUUAUCGGACGGGUUCACCUUCGGGAUCGCGUUCGCAUCAAGGCAGUCGUUCUUCUUCAACAGCUCACUUCAGCUGUCUCCUUGCGAUCGCCGACUCUCUCUAUCGAACUCCAACUCUCGCGUAGCUCUCUUUAGACCUAAAGUUGAUGAGAUCUCUCUCCUCACCAUUAACACCUCCUCUUUCUCUCCGGACUCAGUUGGUGGGUAUAUGGUUGCAUUCGCUGGUCGAAAAUACGCUGCAAGGUCGCUGCCUGCUUUUGUCGCAAACAAUACAUACACUGUAACAAGCUUCACUCUUGUGCUUGAGUUUAAGAAAGGCAGGCUGCAAAACUUGUAUUGGAAAAGGGAUGGCUGUGCUCAAUGUUCGGGAAAAUCAAAUUUUGUGUGCCUAAACAAGCAAGACUGUGCAAUCAGUACAAAUAACUGCAAAAACCAUGGAGGGUCUGUAGAUUGCAGCCUUGGGAUACAGCUUGCAUUUUCUGGGACAGAUAAGCAUCUUUCUGUUCUCAACUCAUGGUAUGAAGUGGAGAAUCUUCGACAGUACUCGCUGUAUGGUCUCUAUUCUAAUCUCAGGGAUUCACUCAGUAGCCAGUAUAACAAGAUCCUUUAGUGGUGCUUCUGAUGGUUGGUUUCAUUUUUUUUCUUACUGGUAUGUUGUAAUUCUUUUCCUUCUGCUUUUCUAUCAAUGUUAUGUCUACAUCUGUCUUUGCCUGUAUUCCUUUGGGACAAAACUGCUGCUCUUACAGUUUGAAGAGAGUUGUGUGCGUAAAUUGUGUACAAUAGCUUUUUUUUUGUGAUUACACAUAGAAAUAUGAUUUAUUUUAGUCUUUCCUCCUUCGUGCUAUUUAGCAUUUUAACUUUUGAUGUUAUAAAUUAAUUUCUUGAAACAUUUUUUCAUUUGGUUGGA